CUCUCUCUCUCUCUCUCUCUCUCUCCUAUCCAAGUACUCGUAUUCAUAUCAUUAAAGCAAUUCCCACAAAGGCAUCAUCACAUUCUCCCCCACAAUUCAUCGGACCCUUUCUUGUUACAGUCUCUAUCUCUAUCGAUUAUCUUUCGAAACAUUGUUGUUUAUGUUCGCUAUACCUCUCUUCUUAUCUCCUCGAACUAAACUCAAAAGGGUCUAAGGAAGGGUUGAUUUAUAAUUUAGUCUCCGCAUUGAUGAUGAUGAUGAGGAAAGCGGAUAUGAUCAUCGAAGACAGCAACACAGCGACCAACAUUAUGAACGGUAAUAAUAACAACAGCAGCAAGGCAAAGUUAAGAAAGGGACUGUGGUCUCCGGAUGAAGACGAGAAGCUGAUAAAGUACAUGUUGACCAACGGACAAGGCUGUUGGACCGACAUUGCUAGGAAUGCUGGUCUCCAACGUUGCGGUAAGAGUUGUCGCCUUCGUUGGAUCAAUUACUUGCGUCCUGACCUCAAACGCGGCGGCUUCUCUCCCCAAGAAGAGGAUCUCAUCCUCCAUUUGCAUUCCAUUCUUGGCAAUAGGUGGUCUCAGAUAGCUGCUCGGCUUCCCGGUAGGACCGACAAUGAGAUCAAGAACUUUUGGAAUUCAACAUUGAAGAAGAGACUGAAGAACAAUAACAGCACGUUGUCCUCGUCAUCAUCAAUAUCAUCAUCACCUAACAACAGCAAUAGUAAUUCGAUGGAGCCAAGAGAUCAACAACUAGACAUUGGAUAUGGGUUAACUCAAACGAAUGGUCAUCGUGAUGACAUGAUGAUGGGCAUGCCCAUGUCCAUGGACUCUUCUUCUUCUUCAUCGCUUUCCUGCAACUUCCAACCAAUGGUUAGCAACCAGUUUGAUCCCUUGAUGAUCUCCAUGAUGGAUAACCAGGUGGGAAAUACAGGAGACAUGUUCAACGUUAAUGGCUUAAGCGAUUGCAUUCAAGUUCCAUCGGGUGAUUAUGGUAAUUCAAUUCCAGAUUCAACCAGUAAGAGCGGAUCAGUUGAAGGCGAAUUCUCUGUUCUUCCUCCGUCAGAGGAUAGAAGCAGCAUCAACGAUACAAAUAUUGUUGCUUGCAGCACAAGCAACAACGGAUAUAUGGACAUAGAUACUUGCUUUUGUAGCAGAACCGAGGGCCAUUCAGACAGCGUCGAGAUGGGUAACAUGUUGAGGAUGGAGAACCCUAAAAUCGGAGAUUGGGAUUUUGAUUGUCUCAUGGAAAACAUCUCAUCUUUCCCUUUCCUUGAUUUCCAUGUUGAAUAAUAGCAUACCCCAAAUCUCUCUCUCUCUCUCUCUCUCUCUCUCUCUCUCUGGUUCAAGUGUUUAUUCUUCCCUUAUCACUUCAUUGGAUCUUAUUUUCCUCUUAAUUUUCCAUUCUUUGCUACGUUUUCUUUUUGGUAAAGCUCUUCUUUUUCUCUUGAUUAAUUUUGUCUAUUUUCAAUUAUCCUUCAUUUUCCCGGUUAUAUAUAUAUGUAUAUGUGUGUGUGUGUGUGUGUGUAUCAACAAACAUACAUACAUAUGUACAAGCUCAUAUGCAAAAUUUACUUUGUAGUGCAUGCACCAUUGCAUGGUUCGUGUAGUUUGCAAAAGAAAUGUGAAUAGGAAGAUGCGUAUAUAAAGAUAUUAUUUUCCAUAUGAAAGAAAAUAAUGGGCCACCUACUGAUGAGUUGAUUAGUUGGUGAAUUUGUAUGCCCUUUUUUUCUUCAUGCAUGUACAAAUCUCAAAGUCGG